AUGAGUGGAUCCACCUCCACCGCCGGAGGGGCGGCGAAGAUGCGGAUGGUCAGCAGCUGCAACGGCUGCCGCGCCCUGCGCAAGGGCUGCAGCGACGACUGCACCAUCCGCCCCUGCCUGCAGUGGAUCAAGAACAAGAACCCCGAGGCGCAGGGCAACGCCACCGUCUUCCUCGCCAAGUUCUACGGCCGGGCGGGGCUGCUCAACCUGAUCGCUGCCGCGCCCGACGACGCCGGCGGCCAGGCGGUCUUCCGCUCCCUGCUCUACGAGGCGUGCGGCCGCAUCGUCAACCCGGUGUACGGCGCCGUCGGCCUGCUCUGGUCGGGCCAGUGGCCGAAGUGCGUCGACGCCGUCGAGGCCGUGUUCAAGGGGGAACUCGGGGUACCGGUCGACGUCGUGCAGGUCGACGCAGCGUCGUCCGAGGCAGCCGCGGCCCCGCCGCCGCCGCUCGGCGCCAGGCCAGGCGCGUCGUCGUCGGCUGCCUACGACAUCCGCCACUUCGCCAAGAAUUCCGACGCCGCCGCCGCGGCCGACCUCCUCCGCUUCGCUCGCGCCGGCCGCACGGGGUUGAAGCGCGGUAAGGGUUCGUCUUCCUACGCUUCCAAGGCGAAGCUCCUCAAGGGCAAGGGCAAGGCCACCAAGAACGUGCGCGCGUCGCCCAGCCCUCCUUUGGGGCAACAACAAGAGGCGGAGGAACUGGAACAGGUGCCGAUGGUCAUGGAGCUGCUUGAGCACGACGGCGGCCGCAAUGAGGAGUUUGUGGGCAGCCACGGCCACCACCUGAAGGGAUCGAAGGAGAACACCGACGUCGAGGCGGCGGCCUCCCACGUGAUCCAAGCCGAGGCCGAGCCGCCACUCGGCAACCAGGUGCUGGUAGCGUAUCAGGAGGAAGAGAAGGUCGGGCUGGAGCUCACGCUCGGUUUCGAGCCGGUGCCGGUCGUCAGGCAGCAGCCGUGCGGCGACCAGACCGGGUCGAGCGGCCUCCGGCUGCAGCUGCCGCCGGCCUGA